AUGCUGUUGGCUGGAUAUAAACCAGUCGAUGAACUACAACAACAGUCAAAAAGCUCACAGGGAUGGUACGAUGUGCCAGUUGAGAUGAGACCAAAGCGGAGUUGUAAGAAGCGUGCGUUGCAGCGAUGUGAUUCUCGGUUGUGGAUGCCACCACCCAGAAUCGUUCUCAUCACAAUACCGAAUGAUGUUGGUUUUGAUCAGUUUGUUGAACGUAUUCAUAAUAGUCUAGGAAAUAAGUCAGCAAUUCUUAUUGAUAUCGAUGAGACAACUCAAGGACGAUAUGAUGCAAUAAACGAAAUGAUGCGAUCGCUGUCGACGAAUUUCGACGAUUGCAAUUGUAGUAGUGAAGAUGAGAGUGCUGAGGUUGAUUCUCUGGACGAUACAUCGUUAGUUUUUUCAUGUUCUUUGUCGUUCAACCUGUCCACAUUCCUUUAA